AUGACACCCCGCCCCCCCUUCGACCCACAAAUCCUCUUAAAAAAGCCCACCCGGCCAGAUCCUUGGGCCCGAGCGGAAACAUGGCGCUACACUGGCCCCUUCACCCGCUGGAACCGAUUCAAGGGUGCUUUCCCUGGUCUAGGUAUUGCUACGGUUGCGUUCGCGACGUAUUGCGCUUACGAGGCGUUGUUCUUGAAGAAGGAUGAGCAUCAUGGGUGA